GGGGCGGGCUCUGCCGAGGUCUCGUCCUCCCUGAGCGUGCUAGCCGCGGCGGGAAUUUCGCUUGUUCCAGAUUUGGAUUACACGCACUCACUGACUGUUAGUCGGGCCCUACCUGGGCAGAUCCUAGGACCUGGAAGUGUGGGCAGGACAUGAAGUAAAUAAUGGAUAACUGUUCUCCUGCGUCAACGUUCCUGACCGACAGCUUGGAGCUGGAGCUGGGGAAAGAAUGGUGCAAACCCCCUUGCUUUUCUUGUGAUUUUGACAAUAAAGGAAGAAGUUUUUCUGGCGAUUCCUACCUUUCCAGCGGAGCGCUCAAGCGACUAAUUUUGAAUCUUGAUCCUUUACCAACUAACUUUGAAGAGGAUGUAGUGGAAAUAUUUGGCAUUCAGUGGGUUACGGAAACUGCAUUAGUGAAUUCAUCAAGAGAGCUCUUUAAUUUAUUCAGGCAACAACUGUACAAUUUGGAAACCUUACUGCAGGCCAACUGUGAUUUUGGACAGAUAACAAUCCUCCACUGCAAAGCAGACAGUAUUAGGCAGCAGUGUAUACUAUUUCUUCAUUAUGUUAAAGUUUUCAUCUUCAGGUACCUGAAAGUACAAAAUGCUGAGAGUGAUGUUCCUGUGCAUCCCUAUGAGGCUUUGGAGGCUCAACUUCCCUCAGUGUUGAUUGAUGAGCUUCAUGGAUUGCUCUUCUAUGUUGGACAUCUAUCUGAACUUCGCAAUAUUCAUCUAGGAGCAUUUGUAAAUCAAAACCAGACUAAGCUCUUUCCACCGUCAUGGCAUUUAUUACAUCUCCACUUAGAUAUCCAUUGGCUGGUGCUAGAAAUUCUUCAUAUGCUGGGUGAAAAAUUGAAACAAGUUGUAUAUGGUCAUCAGUUUAUGAAUCUGGCAGGUGACAAUUUAACCAAUGUCAGUCUGUUUGAAGAGCAUUGUGAAAAUCUCCUUUGUGAUUUAAUAAGCCUGUCACUCAACAGGUAUGACAAGGUUAGGCCUUCUGAAGCAUUAAUGAAUCACCAUUGCCCAUGUCCAUGCAUUAAAGAAUUAUGGGUACUACUCAUUCAUCUUCUAGAUCACAGGAGUAGAGGGUCGCUCUCAGAAUCACUUUGGAACUGGAUGAUAAAACUACUUAAAACACUCUUUGAAAAAUCAAGUGACCAGAAAAGACCUUCUGUUCCUGUAAUCCAGUCCAGGGAUCCAUUAGGUUUUAGUUGGUGGAUUAUUACUCAUUUAGCAUCAUUUUACCAGUUUGAUCGCCAUGGAGUAUCAGGUGAUACGAGACAAAUGGAAUCAAACUGGAAUUUUGUAGAAGAACUGCUGAAGAAAUCUGUCAGUACUCAGGAUGGUAUUCUAGAAGAACAAUUACGGAUGUAUCUUCACUGUUGUUUGAAACUUUGUGAAUACUGGGAGCCAAAUAUUGCAAUUGUUACCAUUCUCUGGGAAUAUUAUAGUAAAAACCUGAAUAGUUCUUUCAGUAUUUCUUGGCUUCCUUUGAAAGGCCUUACAAAUAUCAUUAAGUCAUCCUUGUCUAUGCUUGAAAUGGUGAAGACUUGCUGUUGCGAUAAACAAGACCAUGACCUAUAUAAAUCCAGCAGUAGUUACACCAUUUUCCUUUGCAUUUUGGCAAAAGUUGUUAAGAAAGCAAUGAAGAACAAUGGCUCUCAUCUUUGGAAGCAAGUCAAAGGAAGAAUAUAUUCUAAAUUCCAUCAAAAAAGAAUGGAAGAACUAACUGAAGUUGGUCUGCAGAACUUUUUCAACCUUUUUCUAUUGUUAGCAGCUGUUGCAGAGGUGGAAGAUGUGGCAAGUCAUGUUUUAGACCUCCUGAAUUUCCUCAAGCCUGCUUCUAUAACAUCUUCUCAAAGAGCCCUCAUUUGGAAAGGUCAGAUGGCCUUUCUCUUGAUGUAUGUGCAGAAAAAUCUGGACAUUGGUGUUUUGGCUGAGAAAUUUUCAUGUUCUUUCCGGGAGAAAGCAAAAGAGUUCUUGGUAUCUAAGAAUGAUGAAAUGGGACAGAAACAUACUCUCUGGACACUUCUUUCCAUCUACAUUGAUGGUGUCCAAGAAGUGUUUGAGACAAGCCAUUGCUUGCAUCCUUCCCAUGAGAAACUGCUUAACGAUGGAUUUAGUAUGCUUCUGCCAGCUUGUCGAGAAGCUGAACUUAGGGCAGUAUUGAACUUUCUGCAAGCUGUUCUGGCCAGAGUCAGAAAUAUGCAUCAACAAUUGUAUCUGGAACUUCAAACGGAGAAUGUGGACCUAAUUGUACAGUCUUCAUUAUCAGCUAAAGAGCGCCACCUUGCUGCAGUUGCCAGCGCACUCUGGAGACAUUUCUUUUCAUUUUUGAAGAGUCAGAGAAUGUCACAGAUAGUGCCUCUUUCACAACUUGCAGAUGCAGCUGCAGAUUUCACUCUGUUGGCAAUGGUCAUGCCCAGCACAGCUCCAUCAGACCUUCAACCUCAGCCACUUAUAUCUUUGAUUCAGCUUUUUGGUUGGGAUGAUAUCAUCUGGCCUCAGGUUGUAGCAAGAUACUUAAGUCAUUUCCUACAAAAUAGCACAUUAUGUGAAGCACUUUCUCAUUCAGGCUGUGUGUCUUUUCAAGCCUUAACUGUAAGAUCAUGGAUCCGUUGUGUUUUGCAAAUGUACAUAAAACACCUCUCUGUGCCUGAUGAUUUGUUCAUUGAUAGCAAUCCUGAACAGUCUAUUGAAAAAGAGUACAUGGAACAGUUGGCUGAACUGACAAGGUUGUUAUUUAAACUCCCAGAAGUAAAGAAUAUUUUCUCAAAGGCUCAAGUUGAAUAUUUAACCAUCUUAGAAGACCCUAAAAAAGCACUUGUUCGAUUCUUUGAGGCUGUUGGUAUAACUUACAGAGAUCUGAAGACACUUUCUGAUAAAUCUGCCAUGGUCACAAAGUCCUUAGAAUAUCUUGGUGAAGUAUUAAAAUAUAUAAAGCCUUAUUUAGGAAAAAAAAUUUCCAGUGCAGGGCUGCAACUGACUUACAGGAUGAUGGGAGUUCUUGUUAAAUCAUGGGCACAGAUAUUUUCCACCUCUAAAGCCCAAAAACUACUAUUCCGUAUCAUAGAUUGUUUGCUACUGCCACAUACAGUGUUACAGCCAGAAAAAGAGCUGCCUGCAGCUAUGUUGACUGCAAUUCAGAAGAGUCUUCCUUUGUAUCUUCAGGGCAUGUGUAUUGUGUGUUGUCAAUCUCAAAAUCCAAAUACCUAUUUGAUUCAGUUGCUAGGAAAUGUUAUUAAGCAGUAUAUUGGGCGGUUUCUUCCAGCUUCGCCACAUGUUUUAGAUCUUGAACAACAUCCUGUUUUGUUGGCAUUGAAAAAGUCAGCUACUGUUCCAUCGAUGUCAUCUCUAAAGAAAUGCGUUGCACAAGUUAUAAGGAAAUUCUACUUUCAGUUUGAAGGUUCAUCACUCCCUCCUCGGUUAGCAUCCAUUUUGGCCUUCAUCCUCCAAAUCUUCAAGGAAACUAAUGUAGACAUUUUUGAUGUUGAACUACUCCUCCCUGGUAUCUUAAAAAGUUUGGUGUUGGUCAGUGAACCCCAAGUUAAAAGGCUGGCCACAGAGAACCUGCAAUACAUGGUAAAAGCCUGCCAAGUGGGGUCAGGAGGAGAACUUGCUGCCCAGCUGACUUCUGUGUUUAGGCAGUUUAUCCAGAAUUAUGGGAUGACAUACGAUUAUCAGGUUUACAGCAUCUUAGAAACAGUAGCAAUUUUGGACCAGCAGGUUGUUAUCCACUUGAUUUCUACCCUCACUCAGUCUCUGAAGGAUUCAGAGCUAAAAUGGGGCCUUGGCAGAAAUAUUGCAAAAAGGGAAGCCUACAGCAAACUUUUAUCUCAUCUAGGACAAGUGGGACAAGAUGAGAUCCAGAAUCUGGAAAAUGACAAUACCUAAUAUAUUUUGUGAUUUGUCGUCUUUAUUAACACUAUCUAUAAAGGUACUUUGCACCACUCUGACAUCUGCUUUUAUUAAUUGUAUAAUGUUCUGUUAAAAACACAUUCUAGAAAUUUUUGUUCCUUACAUACUUGUAAAUAUAAAGUAUAUAAAUAAAGAAAUAAAGGUUAAUUAUCUGUUGUAAGGAUCCCUGGAACUUUGCAAAAUUGCAUUCUAUUUUGAAGAGAUUGUAGUUAAAAUAAAUUGAAGGUUUUCAAUUUAGAAUUAGUUAGUUAAGUGUUUUCUAACUGGGAGUGUUUUCUGUGUUUGAGUAUUCAAGAAGUUUAGAGUGGUUUUUCCAUGAACUUUUUGCUUUGAUGUGACUUCGUGUCUUCCUGUCUUGAACUGAUUUUUGUAUUGAGGUGGGGGGUGAUUUGCUCUGUUUUGUUUUUUUACAUCUUAUGUUUUAAUGUGACACUUUUUCAAAUCACCUGGCUGCCCUAUUCUGUUUUCUUUUGUGUGGGUGGGAUCUGUAUAUAUGUUUUCCUUUUUUAUACUUUGUGUGAGGCAAGUUAAUAAAACAUACUUAACUCUGUUAGAAAUAAGACUAUCUGGCUAAAUGUACAGAUAUGUUAACAUUUUUUAACUUAAGUCACUAGUGUUCCAGCAGUUGCCAGAUUUUUCUGUACUUACCCUUUCUUUCAGAGUUGUCAUUAAAAGACAUACCAGGUGGAAGAACAAGAACUUUUAAGAAAACAAAAUAAAUAAUGUUCUAGAAAAUCUUCAGAUUACCAAUUAACAGAAGAGAAUUCAGCUGAUCUGUCUCCAUUCUCUUCAGUGAGAGCCUCUUAGGACUUAGCCUCUUCUACAUUUACAGAGAACCAGCUUAGUUUCCUUUUGCAGAUUUUCUCUCUCUACUCUUUUACUCUAUCUCAUCCAAAUUGUUUAUUUUACCAAGUGGGCCCUUAUCCUUAACUCUCUUUUGUGGUGAGUAUUAUUUGGUAGAAAAAGCUCCAAUCCUAACAUUGGGAACCCACCUGAGUCUCAAGCCCAGCUCUGCUUGAUCUUGAGCAAGUCAUAUAACCUUUCUGAGCAUCAGUUUCAUCAUGAAGAAAAAAGAAUAAUCCAUUUAUCUAUUUCACUAUAUAAUUUUAAGAAGCAAUGGGAUAAUGUAUGUGAAAAUAUUUGGUGGUCUGUGUUCUGUUUGGAGUCAUAGAGAUAUGAUUACCAUAUUUAUGCACAGUAAAGGUAAAGAUCACCUUUCAAUUUUGUUCCUCUUUCUCUAAUGAUAUGUCCCAGAUGUAUGAUCUCACUUUUUUUUUUUAGUGUUUUCUUACAUAUCAUGUUUGCUAAUCUGGAAAUAAUUGAUUUCUUCUUGAUAACUCUGGUCUUUAUUAUGGUUCUACUGUUCCUCUAAUAAAACAUUUCAACCCUU